UCGGAGAGUUCACUUUGCCUUUGUGGGAGUGUUGUACUACAUUACGCGAACCACUGAAAGACAAGUUGAAAGCAAAGUUAAGGAUUUCAACUCGGCUGCCGUUGACAACAUUCGAGGAUAUCCGUGCGGAUAUCAAACUUUUUUUCGCUUGGUUGCGCCGUACUUUACUUUCCUUGUAUGAAGCGACUCUUUAGUGUGACUCGACUGGCCCUAAAAGAAUCCAUAUCUGGUCAAAGUAUUCAGCUGUCACAAAGCGGGACCCGUUCGCUAUAAAUAGCCCGGAUAAGCAGUGGAGGAGACUUCCUUUUGAAAACAUCGCUGGGCACUUAGUUGCCUUUUUAUUAAAUUUUUGGGGGGAGUCGCUGGGAUUCUAUUGCGCCGCCAUGUCCACCUCCUAUAAGAAGGAAGUAGUGAACUACAGGGACGUGGACGAGGAUGAACUACUGAAGAAACUCUCAGAGGAAGAGCUACAGAGGCUGGAGGAUGAGCUGGAGGAGUUAGAUCCCGACAAUGCCCUGUUGCCGGCCGGGAUGAGGCAGAAGGAUCAGACCAAGAAGGCGCCGACCGGAACCUUCCAGAGAGAGAACCUGGUAGCCCACCUGGAGAAGCAGGCCAAGGAACACCCUGACAAGGAGGACCUGGUUCCGUUCACUGGAGAGAAGAGAGGGAAAGUCUUUAUACCUAAGAAGGUGGUGGAUCCCAUCAUGGAGAAUGUAACUCUGGAGCCAGAGCUGGAGGAAGCACUGGCCAACGCCAGCGACGCUGAGAUCUGCGACAUUGCCGCCAUUUUGGGAAUGCACACUCUGAUGAGUAACCAGCAGUACUACGAGGCUUUGGCCAGCAGCAAUAUAGUCAACAAACAAGGCCUUAACAGUGUUAUCCAGUGUACUCAGUAUAAGCCUGUGCCUGAUGAGCAGCCCAACUCUACUGACGUGGAGGAGACGCUGCUGAGGAUGCAGAGGAACGAUCCUGACCUGCUGGAGGUCAACCUCAACAACAUCAAGAACAUUCCAGUGAAGACGCUGAAGGCCUAUGCAGACGCCCUGACGGAGAACACUGCAGUGGAACGCUUCAGCAUCGUGGGAACCAGGAGUAAUGAUCCCGUAGCCUUUGCUCUGGCAGAGAUGCUGAAGGGGAACACCACACUGAAGAGUCUGAACAUAGAAUCCAACUUCAUCACAGGGACGGGCAUCCUGGCUCUCAUCGCCUCACUGCAGUCCAACACAACCCUGCAGGAACUCAAGAUCGACAACCAGAGCCAGCCGCUAGGUAACAAGGUGGAGAUGGAGAUAGCCAGCAUGCUGGAGAAGAACACCACGUUGUUGAAGUUUGGCUACCACUUUACCCAGCAGGGCCCCAGGCUGAGGGGCUCCAACGCCAUGAUGAACAACAAUGACCUGGCUCGGGUAAUACGAUCCGAUCAUCACUCGGACGGUUCCUUUACUCUCACUCUGUCCGUGCCGGAACUGGAGAGGGCAUUUGGUAAAAAGUUCAAGCCAAAACUCACCAAGCCCAAGACCAAGAAAUAAGAAAGAGAAGGCUUGAAGGAGGUCCCAUCUUCCCCAAGUGUCGGACAAGCGUGUAGCGCCGCCAGGCACUGCCCGGCCCCGCCCAGCCCCGUAUUCAGCCAGACGCCCUCCAACAGAUAUCCCAUCAACCCCUGCUUCCCCAACCCUAACCUCGACCCCUCCGCGUUGACCGAAAUCGUUCCAAUUCGAAUGUCAGGGGCUUUGGCAAACCUUGUUCCUACUGUGGCAUGGAGUUGAUCUACUAUUGUACUAUUGUUUCCUUCACAGUUUUCUACUGAUAUUGGUUUAGAUAUCUUCGGUAAUAAUAAUAUCUGGUAAUUGUGACAUAGAGAAGCAGCCCACCUAUACAGAAAAUAUUUAUUUUGUUGUUAGUUUGUUUACUGGAGAUGAACUUGUGGUGGUGGAAGAUUAAAUGGUGUUACACCCAUAAUGUAUAUUGUACCACAUGCCAUGGGCAACAGGUAGCCUAGUGGCUAAGAGCGUUGGGCCAGUAACCGAAAGGUCGCUGGUUCAAAUCCCCGAGCCAACUAGGUGGGUAAAAAUCUGCCAAUGUGCCCUUGAGCAAGGCACUUCACCCUAAUUGCUCCAGUAAGUCACUCUGCAUAAGAGUGUCUUCUAAAUGACUAAAAUGUAAAUGACUUAACUUGGUUAUGACGUUAGUACCACAUUAUGUAUUUCAGCAUUUCGCAACCACUUAACGUAAUGUUUUUCAGUGUGAGGUUCAUAUAAGAUACGUUUUUAGUCUGCAACUCACACUGUCUGUAAGCAAUGGCACAUAAAGGUUACAUAGGAGCUAUGUUCAGAGGAAUUGUUGCAGAUUUAAAAACAUUUUGGGGUGUAAGUUGUUUGUUUGUCCAAGUUUACCCCAUGGAGACAGCCACUAGAAGCUGGUCCUAGAUCAGUUUGUCCGCUAUUGUGUAAAUUCUGUAGUAUUACUGAUCUCUAGUCAGUUUAAGUUUUCUCAGUCAAAUCUUACACAGAGGUUGCUACUAAGCGUUGGUUCUAGAUCAGUUUUGUGACGAAGUCGAUAUCUGCUAUGAUCCUUUAUUGAUAACACUUGUUAAAUCCAGAUCAGUGUAGAUGAAGGGGUGGAGACAGGUAAGUAUUUUGAAGCCUUGAGACAAUUGA